CCACAAAAAUUUGGAAACAUCAAACCCAACGGGAAAAUUCGAAAAAGAUUGAAUUUAGAAGAACAGUUGCGGAGCGAUACUUCCUGAAGAAGAAUCUUCCCCACGCGUCCCUUCGCCUCCAUGGCCUCGCUCCAGCCUACUCUUCUCACUCCUCGCCCGCUCUGCUGCUGUUCGCACGCCUUGCUCUACCCAAGGUUCAGGAAAUUGCCUCCGAGAUUCUCAAAUGGGGCCUAUUCCACGGCGAGGCCGUUGGACCGGAGCGAGUUCUUGGGGAAAGGCGAUAAGUUGGCUUGGAGAACGGCGGGGAGGCGGCGGCGUCGGCUUGGCGCCGCCGCAGCCGGGAGAGGCCCCUUCUUUGGCGGCGGCGGGAGGCGCAUGGGCAAGGGCACGGGACGGGUCGUGGGGAACCUCGCCUUCGCCGCCGUCUUGACGUACCUCGCCGUGACCGGCCAGCUCCGGUGGGUUCUUGACGCAAUCGUCUCCCUCUGGCUCCUCACAAUACUGCUGCCUAUUCUGGCUCUGGGUGCAUUUUUCUUCUUUGCAGGACAAGACAUACUCCAGGGCGAUUGUCCGAACUGUGGAAAAAGCUUCCAGAUACUGAAGUCUGCUUUGAAGGAUGGACCACAACUGUGUCCUUAUUGCACUCAGCCUUUCUCUGUUCAGGGCAACAAAUUUGUUAGAGAAUCUGCUAGAUUUUCAUCUGGAAGGGGUGCUACUGCUACAAAUGGACAGGUGUUCAAUGAGUUAUUCAACCGCGGAAUGAGAGGGACGGCCCCUUCUGGAACAAUUGUGGACAUCGAGGCUGAAGUCAAGGAUGUUGAAUGAUAUCUCCGCAGAUCCUACACAGCAUCAUCGCUUAUCAGUAUUGGCUCUUCUGCCUUUCAGUUGAAUGCCAGUUUUGCCGCAGGCUAUACUGAGUCCCUACCUGCAGCCUCAUUCAUAUACGUUUGAAGCAAAGAUUGGGUCCCCGAUGUCAAAACUAAGAAGCAGCUGAAACUGGGUGGGCAUCUUUUGGCAAAUGUAUAUAGAUUGACAAUGGAUAUAGUAGCAGGAUAGCGUGACAAUGGUAUGCUUAGUGUUUUGUGUGUAUACAUGAUAAACUGUAACGGGAGUGCGAUAGCUAGUAACAGAUGAGUUGUCGUGUCGGUGAACUUGCUGUAGAUUGCUUUUUUGGUCAAGAGUAUUACAGCGCCAGACUUGGAAUUAUAGGCUCUACAGAAACGGCUUCCGUUUGAGGGAGAUUCUUGCCAUUCCUCCUUUUCAAUUGAUUGGUUUGUAUUAUACAUGUAAAAUAAGUUCUUAACAUAACUCUCUGUACUUUUGAAACAUUUGUUUCUUAAAGUUACUUAGGGAUGA